UUAUAGUACAUAGAUUCACAGAUGAAACUCGAAAUAACCAGCCUACAAAUUAUUACUACUACAAUUUGUGUUCGUUCUCCGUAGUACUACCGUAUAUUAUUAUUUUAGUACAAAAUUAUUUUAGCUCUAGCCAAGGCAGAUCUCAAUAAAUCCCUGCUCACCCUGACUUCGAAAAGUAAAUGACUCUGAAUUUGUCGUGUUUUUGCUUACAGUAUCUUACGAGUCACUUCAGCCCAUUUAUCAAAAUUAUCGCGAAGAUAACCGAGAAAUAACUUUGGGCAUCUGCUUUGCCGUCCUUAUCACACCAACCAUGUCUAGUGUUUCCAAGCAGAAACGUAAGGCCAAGAAGGCCGGUGCAGCUGUUGCUGCGCUUCAGCAGACUACGGAAUCGAAUGGAUUGACUAAUGGUCGUGCUUCUUUCUGCCAGUGAAACUGCAACAGCCAUCAGUAGCAACCAAGUGGCGGACUUGGAGGUGGAAUUAAAUGAAUGCGACAUGAGCAGUCAGUUUUGCACUGGCUCCGGUCUCCUGGCCAGUCAUCCGCAGUCGCGCGAUCUGAAAAUCCACAAUCUGUCCGUGAGUGUGCGAGGGUCUGAGCUUUUGCGCGACACACAGCUGGAGUUGAAGGCGGGCAACCGCUAUGGUUUGAUCGGAUUACACGGUGGCGGAAAGAGUGUGCUGUUGGGACUUAUCGCCCGCCGCGAGAUUCCAGUUCCCGCGGACUUGGAUAUUUCCCACGUGCAUCGCGAGAUGGCCCCGGAGGAUAAGCCCACGUUGCAGUGUGUGAUAGAGGUCGGUGAGGAGAGGAUGAGACUGGAGAAAGAGGCGAAGGAGCUCAGUCACGCUGCUCUAGAAGUCUCGCACGAUAAAUUGAUGGAUAUUUAUGAGCGACUGGACGAACUAGGAGCGGAGACUGCAGAAACGCGUGCAGCGCAUAUUUUGCAUGGUUUAGGAUUCACUGAAAAGAUGCAACAGACGAAAGUAAAGGAUUUCUCCAAAGGCUGGCGUAUGCGCAUUUCCCUGGCCCGCGCCCUCUAUCUCAAACCUUCUGUGCUUCUCUUGGACGAUCCGACAAAGUAUUUGGAUCUGGAUGCCUGCGUGUGGCUGAGAGAGGAACUGAAAUCGUACAGGAGAAUUCUCGUUUUGAUUUCGCACUCACAAGACUUCCUCAACGAAGUGUGCACCCACACUAUCCAUUUGAAUCAAAGGCACCUCAAAUACUACGGUGGUAAUUAUGAUUUUUUCGUGAAGACACGGACAGAGCAAAUGGAAAACCAACUUGAGCAGUACCAAUGGGAGGAAGACCCAUUUGAUCAAGUGAAGGCCCUGCAAAAGAUUUCCCUGGAUAGAGCUACACUUGUCACUUGGUGUUACCACAACUUCUUCGCGAAACUUGUUAUUGGCUGUUUUGUAAAAAUUGAUAUGCAGACGUACGGCAAGGAUUACGAGUCACUUCAGCCCAUUUAUCAAAUUGGCGAAAUUGUGGGCAUAACCGAAAUGGAGUCUCCCUAUUGGGUAAAUGCCAGCAUUCGGACGGGUGGACCGCCAUCGGACAGUAGGACGAAAUGGAAGCUUCUUGUCCGAGUAGGUGAUCAACAGCAUGACGCUCUGUUGGAUGAUGUUUCAAAGAAUAAAGGCACCGGCGAAGAAGUCGCCGCUUACCUUGAGUCAAUGGAAAGACACUGGUCUGUUAUCGCUGACAAUCAGAAACUGAAAAGCAAGUUGUGUGAUUUGGAUAAGAUCUCUCGUCCGACAACCAGGGAAGAUUUUCGGGAAUUUGUGACGAAUAAACGCAAAUGCCUUCCGCAUCCUUGGAGAUUGUCCAUCCCGGAACUGAAAAAUUUAUUGCCCAAGCGGAAGCAGAAAGCUGUUGACGCUGGAGACUACAAGUUAGCGGCGCACAUACAAGAGCAGCUGAACGAUUUAAAAGCGUACCAACCGGCUCUGGACGAAUUUAAUGCAGCCAACUGGGUCCCACCAGGGAUUCUUGACAAAAAAGCUAGUCGAGAGCUUAUUCGGAAGCGAAUUGGACGCCGUAAAUCCAUGUCCGAUGCGAAGAAUGUUUUGUUGGAUGAUGUUUCGAAAGAGAAAGGCACCGGCCAAGAAAUCGUAGCGUACCUAGACAUCCCGGAACUGAAAACUUUGUUGUCCAAACGGAAGCAGAAGGCUAUUGACGCUAGAGACUACAAGCUGGCGGCGCAUAUACAAAAGCAGUUUGAUCUAAAAGCGUACCACCCGAGCUGGCUGAAUUUAAUACACCCAGCUGGGUCCCACUAUUGAUUCUUCAUACACAAUUGUAAUAAGCACGAGUUAUGUCGUUACGUUACGAUGACUGACGCUUAAUUAAGCGUGAAGCCUUUUUUAGCUUAUUUGGAAGCGCCGUAAAUCCAUGUCUGAUGCGAAGAAUUUUCUGUUCUGAUAAGAGCCGGAAAUUUAGAACGUCGUUGUCUAAGCUCUGUGGAAGAUUCACGCAACUAGACACUUAAAAGCAAAUGGUUUAUAACAGAAUUCCCAUUUUCAUAAUAACAAACAAUUACAAUGUUAUUAAUGCGACCCGGCAGAGUAGCUUCGAGGACCGGAUCGGAUGCCGAUGGUAGAAUACAAACACAGAUAAAUUUUGUUUUUCAUAAAAAUAAUCGACAGGCAUGAAAAUGCCACAGUGCUGGUGAAGAUGGCGAUGGUAACGGAUGGGUGAAUGUAUUUGAGCGAAAAACCAAAUCCGCAUUG